AUGCCAAAAAGAAGUUUUGAAGAAUACGAUGAGCCUUAUCUCUCGCUGGAAAACGAGGAGGAAGCUGAGAUGUCCUCUCGAAUUUCGUUGAACAGAGAAGUUAAAAGUCAAAUAAUCCGCAUGAUUAUCACAAGAGAAACCCGCAAUCUAAAGGUAAGAAAAGAGCACUUGAAUGCAAUAGUAAAGGAAAAUCGACUCAAGAUUACGAAAAACCCUAAUUUAAGUGAUAUUGGUGUUGAAAUGAGUGAUAUUUUUGCAAUAGAAGCCCGAUUAGUUGGCUCACAUGUCGAAGUGAAGUCUUGCCUUGAGUCGUCUUCAAAGACCUUGCUUAAAGACUUAAUCAUCUCCUCCGAUCACAGCACUACUGUUAAAGAUCGAACAUCUGGCUUAUUCUUGCUACCGGCAAAUUCCAAACUGGACGGGUCAAUUGACGAUUAUCUGUUGGUAUGGGGAGGUGUGACGCUAUUGAUUUUAGCCCUCAUAGCUGUGAAUGAGGGUCACAUAGAAGAAACCUUCCUUUUGGAGCAGCUUGCUAGUUUUGGAAUCUCUUCCAAUAAAAGCAUGACUGUUGCUAACACUGGUCUCAAUAUAUACGAAGUACUUCUAGAGUUACUGAGAAGAGAUUACUUGAUCAAAAACAUCGCAGACUCACAAGAGGGAAGCCUAAAGAACACAUACUAUGGUCUAGGAGUGCGCGCUAUAAAGGACUUCCCUCCCGUGAUUUUUCGGCACUAUUUGGUGAAUAUCUUCCCCAAAGAGGACGACAUACAUCAAAAGGUCGACGUCUGUUUGAGUAGGUGUUUCAGAGAUCUUACGAACUCUGACGCGGACAUGCGUUCGAGUCAACGGAACUUCACCUGA